AUGUUGCUCGACGAAGACCCUGCAACUCUCAUACGCGCCACUGUUUCCAAUUUCAACAUCGCCCCCGACAAAGCUGCCCUUUCACGCGUCAACGAUUCCCUCUCAACACUGCAGCAGUCCCGCGACCUCAGAACUCGAGAUGCAGAGACCGCACUGAGAAAGCUUUCUCGACAAUUUGCCACGCUAUCCUCGCAACAUAGAGAAGUCCUUUCCAGCCAUGACAGCGGGAGGCAUGCAAGCGAAAUCCUCCACCUGGACACCAAGAAAUUCAAAAUUGCAAAACAAGCCUCGGAGCUUGAGGUCGAGAAUGAGAGGUUGGAGGCUGAACUUGAGAGGCUGAAGAUGCGCCUGGCAGAUUUGGAAGACCAAGGCGUUGAAGGCGAUGAGACCAGCCGACGGAACAGAGAGGCUGACGAUCCAACAAUAUUGCGAUUAUGGCUCUAUCGGUCUCUGGGUAUCACGCUUGGACAGGACGAAGCAGGCAAUUACAACAAGGCAACCAUUGGUAAUACCAAGAAGGGCGACGUUCAUGUGCUCAACAUUGAUCCCAAGUUCUCAAGAUGGUUCUAUGCUGAUUACUUUUGGCAAACAAUGCAAGGCUAG